CGCAAUUCCAAGAAAAACAUAUCGUGAUUAUUUUAUUGAAAUGUUUUUAUUUAAGAGAAAGCGUAACAGAAGGAAGGUGUUUAAUUACGUAAAGGAUGGAUUAAGAAAUGCCACUACUCACGGCCUAUCUUACGUUGUUAAUGAUCGCAUUCAUCCAUUUGAAAGAAUAUUUUGGAUGAUCGGCUUUUUAAUAGCAUUUACGCUCAUCAUGUUACUUCUUACAAUUCAGUUUUCCAGGUAUAUCGAUGCUCCAACAGUCAUAAGUGUGGACAUGGACUACUUUGAUUGGAACAUUUCAUUUCCGGCUGUCACUCUUUGUCCAUUUUAUAAAGCUAUUAUUCCUAAACUAAAAGCUAUAUCCAGUCGAAAAUUCAAUGAAACUGGCCUAAAUAUUGAUGGAUAUUUAUGGGCAAUAGUACAAGCAAACUUUGAUAGUUUGGAAUAUAUAAAAUUAGAUUUUCCGGAUGAUGUAAUAUCAACUUUGGAACCCAGAGAUUAUGUGAAAAUCGCGAUGUCGAUGUAUCCGAAUUUCAAUGCCACAGUGGAAACAAAAACGAAACAAAACAUUUCAAUAGUUACAGCGAUGACCGAAAUGGGAUUAUGUUAUGUUCUUAAUUCAAAUGUUGCUAUUUUCGACGAUCCCAACCGGGAAAGUUUUAACAUCUCGAACUACGUCAAAAAUAAUAUUGAACUCUCCAUUUUCGACAGAGACUUCUUCAUAAGAGUAUCCAAUUUCUAUAAAUCUUAUAAGGUAUAUAUUCACAGCCCCGAUGAAAUAAUCACUAGUACCACACCAUCCUACAAUAUCGAUAUAGAAGCUGCUGUGUCUUUUGGUUUGUCUGUUUGGACAACGAGAAUUUCAGAAGAGUUGCGAGUGACUUCACUACGUAUUAGAAAAUGCAGGUUUAUCAACGAAGCUACCAACGACAGAUAUCCAAUUUACUCCUACAGCCAUUGUCUUUUGGAAUGCAGAAUUAAUGUUAUAAAAACAUUAUGCGGUUGUAUACCACAUUUUUAUAAGCCUUUAGCUCAUGAGACGAUAUGUCAUAUCAGACAAUUAAAAUGCCUGAUUCGUUAUAAAAGAGAAAUUUUAACUCUAUCAACGGAAUCAAUAAAUUUAAAUGGUUUACCGUCCAGUUCUCGAGAAUGUGGCUGCUUAAAUACUUGUGAAUUAGAUCAGUACCUUAAAGAUAGAGAAGACUUCACAACCGAAACAUCUUUUACGACAUUGGAUAUUGGUAUAACAACGUUUCCUAAAGUACGCGUUGUCAGAGACAUCAUCGUUCAUUCUUAUGACAUUCUAUUGCGCAGUGGAGGUGUUAUUAACUUGUGCAUCGGCAGCUCUGUAAUAUCUCUAAUGGAAAUACUUGUAACGUUUAUUAAAACAUGUCAUUACAUUUUAUUUUAAAGAGGAAGGAAAAAAUAAAACAGGAAAAUUUUCA